UUUUUCAAAAAAUUGUUUGGCUUGAAGAGAUUUGCUACACCAGUCUCUGUUUGUGGACUAACAUCACCCUUCCCUUUUUUGGGUGCACCUUUAGGUACUAAGUCCAUCAAUUCUUUGAAGCGGAAGAAGACCCAAUACCAUGACGACCGCAUGGAGAAAGCCAUCCGACUCAUCAUAGAUGAGAAGGUUUCUGUGAGCGAAGUGAGCAAGCGCUUUAGUAUUCCACGAUCAACGCUGCGCACGCGACUGCGUAGUAAUGAUCCUUUGGUUGUCAAAAAACCUGGAAUGGCCACUGCCUUGACUCAAGAUGAGGAAAGCGAAAUCUGCGAGUGGAUGAUCAGGAUGUCUAAAAUGGGUCAUCCGAAAGCCUGGAAAACGCUUGCUUAUGCUGUCAAGGAUGUAUUGGAUAAGAUGGGCCGCAGAAACGUGUUCAAAAACAAUAAUACUCCCACAUCUGGCUGGUUACAAGCUUUCAAGAGAAGGCACCCCAUAAUCAAAGGCAUCAAGACGCGCGAAGGGGGAAUUUCCAAAAGCAAGGCUACCAAGGAAGACGUAAAAGCCUGGUUCAAGGGACUCCGAGAAAACUUGACAAAAGAAAACCUUGACCCUAACGUUUUUAUGCAGCCCGUCAAUGGGUCCCGAAUAUUCUAUGCUGAAGAAAUGCGCAUUUUGCUCCAUGGAGAAGAUCGCCUCUCCAAGCUCUUGGUGAGAAAAGAAAGUUCAGGAGCAAAGAAAAUGAUCAGCGCAAUGGCGUGCAUGAACGCGUCAGGAGGUUUCCUAAAACCCUUACUGGUAUUCAAUGGCAAACGUCCUCCAGUUUGGCAAGAGCAUCCUGAUCUUAAUCCUGCAACUUUUGACGCUGGUUUUAGUCCUACCGGCCGCAUGGAAGAGAAUGUGUUCUUUUACUGGAUGCAGCUGUUCAUUCAUCAAAUACGAGACAUGCCUCUGCAGAAGCCCAUUCUAUUGCUGCUGUAUUACAACACCGCUGACGUCACUAUAGCCACGCUCGAGAUGGCCAAAGAAGCCGGUAUAAUUCUACACAUGCUGCCACCGCGCUCGUCUCAUAUUUUGCAGCCGAUGGACAACGCCUGUUUUAAGCCCCUAAAAGAAGCAUUUCGGGAAAGCAUAGACUAUUACGGACCUCGUUACGGGCCUUCCAUUAACGUGAAACUCUUUCCUCUCGUGUUUAUGCGCGCAUGGUGCCGAUCCACUAAACGGGAAGAUGUGUUAUCAGCUUUCCACAGCGCAGGUCUCUUGCCUCUGGACGAAAAUGCCGUCAUCACUAAGAAAAUGCUUCAGGCUUCUGCUGGUCCUCAGGUUAUCAAAGUGAAAAUUUCUCACUCUCCUCAUCACCUCAUGCAGAUGAAUCAUAUGCCCUCCAAUAACCCUUACAACAACAUGGUGGUGAUUCCUAACGCUCCUGAAAAUAACUCCAUGCACUUGUACCAACCUACAGAACACUGCGCACAACCCGACUUUGGCAGGUUCAAUCAACAGCAACUGACGCAUCCGCCGCCGCCGCCACAACAAACUAAUAUUAUGCAAAAUCAACCGACACAGCAUAAUCAACAGCCACAACAACAAGCAGUGCCGCAGCAACCAUCGCCCCAAAUACAGACGUCACAACACCAACCGCAGCCUGAUCAGAAAUGUCCCACCGUAACUGCCGUUGCUGCUCCUAGCGGUGGCCCGUGUUCCAAAGACUUCAUCAGCGGAUUGGAAGCGGCCAUGGACUUCGUAGUACAGAAUUUUAUACCAGAGAUUGUGCGUCCUAUUUAUGCCGAGUGGCUAACUGAAGGCAAGUCAUGUACGCCUGAUCCCAUGUUUUAUGUCUGGCGCGGCCUGCAAGACCUCAUUGGGCAGACCAAGUCCAGGUCUCAACAACAAGGAGCCCCGCAUCCUCAAUCGCAUCAUCAUAACCUGCCAGGACCUCCUCAACAGCAGGCUUCAGUUCCGCAGCAGCAUACGCUUAUGGAAAUUCCCAAUGCUCUAGAUUUCGUGGAAACGAGUUCAUUACCACUGGAGCAGACGUUCGAAGGAUGUAGUUAGGAAUAUCAAAAUGAUGGUAGCCGAUAGGGCCCCUAUUCCAUCCUAGUGCCCCAUUUUACUUUGUAUAUAGUUUUGUAACGGUUAAUACCCUCUUUGGAAAGAGUUUCCAGGCGCGUGUCAGCGCUGGGUAGAUAGCCAGUGAGGUUGCACGCUGACAUAGGCAUAACACCUGAACAACUCACAUAGUCCAUGGGAUCAGAUAGUUUUCAGGUCUGAUGCAAGGUUUCUGUUAUUUAGGAAGGAUUACCUGCAAUUUUUGUCCUCUCGUGCAAGCGACGUGUUCCUUUCAAUUUCUUGGUUUUUGUUGUUUUUUUUUUGCUCCUUCCCUAAACGUCCUAUGAAACGUUAGAGCUGUUUCUCUUUUACCACCUUUUGUACCCUGUCCUUUCGUUGGUGUCGAAAUAUGUAUAAUGUGAUGAAUUGCUUAGGGCAAGCUUUCCAGCUUCGUUGGUGAUGGAUAGUUGAUGACUUGCGAGUAGAGUGAGCUUUAUAGCCCAAGUGCUAAGAAGCCUCUGUGCACACAGCUAAUAAAAUUUAGGCGAUGAAGAUGGUAGGUUGUACCUGCUUAUUUAUUACUCAACUCAUUCUCAAGCGACAUUAGCUCAAUCUCACUCAACACUUUCUGCAUGGAUGAAUAAAAGAACUAUUUUCCAUUCACGUUUCAUUAACGAGUUCUUAUGCCGAUAAGCGUAUUAUUAGAAUCUAAAAACACUACUAGCCUAAUGUCAUUUUCACAUCUUGGGCAUUAACACCUGUAAUACUCUUUUUUUUUUCUCUUUCUGGUUAUCAUUAAAAAAACGUUCAAUGGAACGUAGACACAUUCAUAUAAUUGAACUAAGAUGUAUUUUUAAUAAUUUUAGGGUGUCAUGUUGGUGACCCUUUGGUGCCAUUCUGUUAGCAAGUUAAGAGUAGAGAUAUAUUUUGGGGCAUUUUCGAAGGCACAAGUAACGCCUCGCAUACUUUCUUUAGGCAAGAGUUAUGCACUUUUUCUGACCAUCUCACAAUUGUUCUGCAAUUCAAAUUCAUCAUAGCAUGAAUCAUAUAGCUGUUUCUCUGUUUGCCUCUAUAUAUAGCUCUCGAUCGUUCGAUUACACACGUGUCGAGCUAACAGCUUCGCAAUUACUCUCAAUAUGCGUUUCUCUGAUUGAUUCGCCUUUGAUGUAAUAACCAGGUCUGACUUUGUUAUCUUGUUACCCGAAUCAGCUGUUUCGCGGAUUAAUGUAUGUUGUAAAUUUGUCCAAGACGCUUGCAACAGUGGUUUCGAAUCGAGCGUACUAUUGUUGCGUUGGUUCCAUAUCCACUGUUGAAUAAACACGAAUCGAU